UUAGCGAAUUUUUGUAUGUACACGACCAACUACACGACACACCGCGACACACGACACGUAUCCGAUGUGCAAAUAGCAUACAAUGUUGAGUUGGCCAGCGUGCUCAACACCUGCUCGUACACAGGGCUGACAACUAUCCAAGAGGUAAACAAAAACGGAAGGCUUGUCAGGCGUGAUUCGAGGACGACAAAGAAGAGUCGAGAGAAGACAAAACAACAAGCAAUAAGAAAGAAAUAUAAGGACCCGUUUUUGCUCCUCAAUCCUCAAGCGUCAUUUGAGUAUACUCUGCAGAAGCGUCCAGCAAACCAGCGAAAUAUGAAUGCCUCAAAGAAAAUUGACAUCAAUCGAUCCACGUUGAUCAGUUUGAAAGCAGAAUUGAGCCGAAAGCAAGAGGAGGUCAGUCUUGCAAAAACGCAGAACCAAUUCACAAAACCGUCCACCUCAGAGAAGAACACAGUGAAAAAGAGUAAUAUUUGGGACAAAAAGAAAACUGAGGAAAGCAAGAAGGAAAGGCGCGCGCCCGAGGAAGAAAAUGAGAGUUAUCUCAAGUCGAGGUCGGCUCUAGAGGCAAAGGCUAGACUAUACGAAGAACUCUCAUCACCCAAUGCGUCAAAUGCAGAAAUCCUUGCAGCUCAGCAGUGCUUGUUAGUGGAUUUUCGCAGAAAGCAAAGGGAAAGGGACCGCGAAGAGGGCGAAAUUGACUAUAGGGAUGAAGUUGACGACACUCCAGCUGGAGACUAUGGAGACGAAGGCGACUGGGUUGAAUAUACAGACUGCCUUGGCAGAACCAGACGAUGCCUCCGAGCGGACCUUCCUGAUGUGCAGAAACAAAACAACAAACUUGCUGACUCUCUCGGAAUGAGGGAAACUCGCAGUCGUAGCAAAAGUAAAUCUCCAGAGAGAAAACCAAGGCCUCCGACACCUCCAUUGGAAGAGCAGCUGGUGUCUGGAGAUUUGCAGAGAGAGGCAUUGAGAGAAAAGUGGGAAAAGGAGCAGGCAAACUUGCUCAAAAAAGAUGACGUCCACUACCAGGACAUUCUCUAUGAUGAGGUCAGAAAUCACGGCGUGAGCUACUAUGCGUUCUCCAAGGAUGAGAAGCAGCGAAAGGCCCAGCAAGAACAAUUGGCCAAAGUUCGUGCAGAAACAAAAAAGCAGCAAAAUGCUGCCUUGGAAGGACGGGAGCGACGGGCGCAGCAAAUGAAGGCGCGACUCAGGGCGGCCGCCAACAGGAAGAGACAAAGGCAAGGGUUGCCUCCGCUGCCAGACUCAGAUGAAGAAUCGGAGAGGAAUGCGUCAGAUGAGGAGGCCGAGAUGGAGCGCGUCUUGGGGAAAGCCAAACCAGAAGCAACUGUGGAGCCUGAACCCUUGGUUAGGGAGGAGCAACCCCUUCCUGCAGUGGUUAGACCUUGGGACAAACACAAGGAAACCUAUGUGAUGUCUCAAGAAGAGUGGUCGGACAAGAAAAGAGCAGAGAGGAAAAGUGAAUUUGCACCUCCCAGCUCAUUUGGUCCUAGUCGAAAGUCUCGUAGGCGAUCUCGAAGCAGAAGUCCUCCAAGGAGAAGGAGCUCAAGCAGCAGCAGUGGUGAAGAAGUCAUCGGACCCUUACCACCGAUGCAAUCAACCAGUUCUGCGCAAAAGGCGCCAGUUGAUGACAAUUCAAUUUUUGCCGGACUGUCGUUCCUAAGAAAGCAAGUUGAAGACAAAACAAGCUAAAUAAUAAUUCAUUGAAUUAGAGUCUAAAACUAAAAAAAAAUUUUGUUUCAACCAGCCACGCAGGAAUAUGCUGUUUUGGUCAUUUUUUUAAAUUUAAUUUUUGGAAUAUAAAUUAAAUAAAAUAUUAAGAAA